AGCUCGAACACCGUCAGGUAACGGAAAAACGGUAGAUUAAUUUGAUUUGUUGUCAAAUGUUUUUGUGGGUGUUGCAGUGAUGAUCGCCGGUAUAUCGUUCGUUAAAUAGCGAUCGAUGUGAUCGCAACGUGUUGCCUAUCCAAAAGUUGGAAUUUAAAGUCAUCAAAGCUAAAAAAUAAACAGAAUUACUACGCAUACAAUUUUACAAAAACAAAAUAGCGAAAGAAGCUGCAUCUUCGGUUGAUAUUCGUGCAACAACGGAUUUCAUGUGAAAUUCAACAGGAAAAAAGUGUAAAAGCAAAAAAAGUUAAUUCAGCAAAAAAUCGCAAGCAACGUGAAAAGUGUAAAAUAUUUGCAUUGUCUUAUACAUAGCUGCCUCAUUGCGACAACGACGACAACUACGUAAGUACUUUCGUACGCAACAAAGAAUGAAAAUGUCGCAGGCAUGUUAAAAAAAAGAGUUUCGCAAUAAAAGUGUAAAAAAAAUUUUUGCUGAGCAAACAAACAAAGCAAGUGUAAAGAAAGCUAUAAAAAAUUUUAAAAACAAAAAGACAUGAGAUUAUAAUCAAAAACUCACAAACGCAAUUUGGCCAAUACGUAAUCGCCAUCAUCAACAUCAGCAGACCCUUGCAGCAGCAGCAGCAUACAUUUUUUUAUGUCGAUGCCUCAGCAACAUUAGUGAUCGCGCGGAUAGCAACAUUGUAUGCCGAUUUACUUACAUACUACACUGCAUUGACUACUACAUAUAUGGCAGCCAGGCAAGGAAUAUGUCAACAACGAAGGAUAAAAUAAAUUUUCAAAAUACCUGGAGCUGCAACAAAACGACUGGUCGCCGUUCUGGAAAUCUCCAAUCGAUUCGACGCUUAUUGGAGCACGACAGCAGCGGUACGAUAUGCCCCAGUUGUCGCAUCUCUUUCGACAAGGGCAAACGGCGGAAAUUGAUCGAUACCUGUGGACAUGAGCGUUGCUAUUCCUGUAUGUUUCGUAACGAUCAGUGUCCGAUGUGCAUGAAUAGUAACAGUUCGUUGAAAGAUGUUGACUGCAAUAGCAAUGCUCAAGGCUAUGACACAGGUAUCGGCGGUUCGACAUCGACAAUUGUUAGCCCUCUGGGUUCGCCACAGCCGCAACUGAGAUCACAAGUGCAACAGCAACAUCAUCAGCAACAACAGCAGCUACUACAGCUACAACAGCAACAGCAGCAGCGUACAAAUGCUGCCGCACUGGCGCGUUAUAUGCAGUUAGGCUACUCUGGCUUUCAAGUCCUCGGAUUUGGUUACUUGCAACAUCACAUGAUACUGAAGUGA